AGUUCAAUUUCAUUCCUUAUCCAAAUUCAAUUUUUUUGAAGUAAAGCUUACUCUGCAAGAAAAUUCUGGAGGGUAUUACCGUCAUUGCACACUCCACCAUAACUUUAUUAUAUUCAUUUCAAGUCCUUUUUCCCGGUGCCUUCCUAUUCUCUCUCUCUCUCUCUCUCUCUCUCUCUCUCUCUUUCGAUCUCAUCCCUCGUCUUCUUCUUCAUCCUCAAUAAAAAUCCAAACCCAAAAAUAAUUUCCUGGAAACUCACGAAUCGUCGUACCGUUACGUUUUUUUUUUUUUGAUAUAUUGGACUCUGUAAAUUAUAACCUUUUGGUUUUUUGAAUUUGAAUUCUUCAGAAACGGUGGGUGUUUUGAGUUUCAAUAGUUCUUAGGGAUUGAAGAAUUUGAUCGAGUGGAGGAGAAGCAACGGUUGUGGUGAUCAGAGAGGGUUGAGGCGAGGGGAAAGAGAAUUAAAAGAAGACGGGGGUAGAGAGGUGGUUGGUGGGGUUGUGAAAUUUGAUUAUUAUGGAUUGCAGGGUUUUGAUACCGAGUGGGGACCCGUGGGUUCGGGGUCAGAUCGGAGGAGCAUUUAGCCAUGAAAGCGAACACGACCUGGCUUUAAUGGUUACCGAUUUUUGGGAGAACGGGAGUUGUGGUACCGAGUCUUGGUGUAGUAGCGAUAGCGAAUCCGGUCUCUCUGAUCUCGCCCAUCUCGCUGAGAAAAUUCCUCGGUGUAAGCAUCCAUUGGCGCAGUUUGAAAUUGAAACGCUUUCAGUGGUUCAUUCGCUUAUAUUAUCAAUCAAUAAGACGGAGCUUCACGCGGUCAAGUCAGGACCAUGUAACGCUAGCUGCAUAAGAUUCACUCUUGUAAAACUUUUGAGGCUUUCUGGGUAUGAUGCAGCGGUUUGCCAAUCGAAAUGGCAAGGCACCGGAAAGGUUCCAGGAGGGGACCAUGAAUACAUUGAUGUGAUCAACCACAACCAUGGUGGUAGCUCUGAGCGGUUGAUCAUUGAUAUCGAUUUUCGCAGCCAUUUUGAGAUAGCCAGAGCUGUUGAUUCAUAUGACAGAAUAUUGAAUUCCCUGCCGGUUGUUUAUGUGGGGUCAUUAACUAGGUUGAAACAAUUUCUACAAGUUAUGGCUGAGGCUGCUAGAUUCUCCCUUAAGCAGAAUUCAAUGCCUCUUCCACCAUGGAGAUCACUUGAAUACUUGAAAUCGAAAUGGGAAUCCCAUUACAAAAGACAAGCAUACCCUGAUAUGCAAAACUUGAGUGCCAACCCUUUUGACCACAAGCAAUGCCGUGGCCAUUUAAAAAGGUUGCAGUCUCUGCUUCAAGCCGAAAUCGAAACCGAGCGGCUUUUAAAGCCAAUGAACAACAAUGACAAUAAUUGGAGAAUUAAGCCUGAGAGAAGGAGGCGUUAUCUUUACUAGAAGUUCUUUCAGAUGUAUAGGUUUUAGCCCGGCCUUUUGAGACUAAAGACUAGUGAAGACUGAAGAGUUCGUGUUAUGAGAUUUUUAUUGCGGUUUAUUAAAUUUUUUUCCCCUCCCUACAGCGGAUACUAAAAUAAGUGAACCAAAAUGAAGAGCAGGUUCGCAUGCCCAGUUCCAAUAGGCAACGAUGGUGAGAGAAAUAUAUAUAUAUAUAUAUACACACACAUACAUAAUAUAUAUAUUCUUUUGAUAUAGUUUUCUGUUUCUAUGUUGCACUGGCAUCAAGCCCCAAUAUUUGGCUUUUGGAACAUUUGCGGAUUUUCUUCUUGCAAUUCCAACAGCCGAAUGAGUUGCUAUCAUUGUUUGGUGCAUCCAUCUUAUAGAAUCUUUACAUAUUUCUUAAUUGGAAAAAUCCUCCCUUAUGUAUUAAUAUUCCUUGUCCCUGAAUUUUUGUGGGCAAGGGAAAUUUUGUCCCUGCAUCUUAUGUUAUUUUUCGCAUUGUAAUUCAUUUAUUUCAUUUAAUUUAAUAAUAAUGGUUCUCUUCCAUUUUCCUA